UCUGCAUCUCCUGCCGGUCACGGCCGAAAUGUCUCUUCUAUUAGACAACGACACGUGGAGAUUGAAGUACUGUACACAGUGCAUGUACUACAUGUACCUCGUACAUGCGGGUAACGUAAAGAGAAUAUGACACUUGAUAGAGCGUCGCCGACAAUUCGAUCGCGGAUCAGCGAUAGGCACAGUCAGUACCUUGACCAAAGUACUGUGUAGUACGGUACAAAGGAGGCAAGCUCCUUGGUGCAUCCCCUUGGUAUGCGGUGGCGCUGCAGAGCUAAUGCUCUUCCUAUCACAUCGGUCACCUCACUUCUCAUUUCUCCUUUUCUAGCUCUGUAUUUCACAGGACGGCGAGUACUACUACGUCCAUACCGUGAUGGCUUCGAUUUGGCAACAUCACGAACCGGCAACAUCGCUUUCCCAGAACCACAUUGCCUUUCCCAUCUGUCGAAGCCUGCUUCACUUGAAGGGUGUCAGAAUUCUUUCUUCUCAGCUCUGGGCUCACGUGUCGUCCUGGGAGAUAUCUAUUCACGGCGCCACUUGGCGGUGUGUGGCGGUCAAGAUAGUCUGCUAAACCGGAUGCACCCAAGCCUUUGGCUCUGGCCUGGGAAAACUUCACACCGCAAUUUGCUGAACUGGACUGAGAUUGGACCGUCUGAGGACCGAACGCUCUGCAUGUCUUCGAUUCGAUAAGAACGCCGCUGGCCAGUUUGGUUCACCUACAUAAUAUAAAACUGCAAUAAUGGGGCACUGUGUGCAAUAUGCGAAUGACCUUUAUGGGUCGUUAUCUUAUGGCUUGACCGGCUCCAGAUUCUGAA